AUGGACGGCCUUACUCGCAUUCAGUGCCGGUCGUUGAUGAAGCUCUCGUCGCACGUGCCUCGAGCUGCAGCUCAUGCGAUAUCCAGACGGCAUGCUUCAACACUUGCUACUACCAACGCCCCAGGUACCAAAGAAAGAGUCGUUAUUCUCGGUUCUGGCUGGGCAGGCUACGCCGCCGCGCGCACCCUCUCCCCUUCCAAAACCACACGCAUCCUCAUCUCCCCUCGAUCCCACUUCGCCUUCACCCCUCUCCUCGCGUCAACGUCCGUAGGGACCCUCGAGUUUCGCGCGGCCAUUGAGCCUGUUCGUCGGCUGGGGCUCGACGAGUUCCACCAAGCAUGGGCCUCCAGCAUCGACUUCAAAAAUAAGACCAUCCGCGUCGAGGCCAACUUGCGCGGAGACGUCAGUGCCGCCACCAACAGGCCCGAGAUCAAAGGGGAGGAAUUCGACGUCAAGUACGACAAGCUCGUCAUUGCCGUGGGCUGCUACAGCCAGACCUUUGGCAUCGAGGGCGUCAAGGAGCACGCCAAUUUCUUGAGAGACGUAGGCGAUGCGCGGGCUAUCCGACUGCAGGUCCUGCAGGCGUUUGAGACGGCGGACCUGCCGACGACGAGCGAUGAGGAGCGCAAGAAGCUGUUGCAUUUUGCCGUCGUGGGUGGCGGUCCGACAGGCAUCGAGUUUGCCGCGGAGCUGCACGACUUGAUCAAGGACGACUUGUCGAGGAUGUAUCCCAAGCUGCAGAAGCACUGCGCCAUCACCGUCUAUGACAUCGCGCCAAAGGUGCUUCCCAUGUUUGACAGUAAGCUGGCCGCGUAUGCGACCGAGACGUUCAAGCGACAGGGCAUCCGGGUCAAGACGGAGCACCACCUCACCCGCAUCCGCCGACAAGGACACGUCCUGAUGCUGCAGAUCAAGGAGGAACCAGAGGAGGUUGGCGCCGGCAUCGUCGUCUGGAGCACGGGGCUCAUGCAGAACCCGCUGGUCAAGACCCUCGUCGAGUCUGACAUUGAGGGGGUUGGCAAGAUUGCAAAGGAUCCCCGGACGGGCGGCAUCGUCACCAACCCGAACCUACAGGUCCAGCUGCAGGGUGCCGGGGAUGGCUCAGAGACAACCACGCUCAAGGACGUGUACGCCGUGGGCGAUUGUACUUCUGUCCAGGGCGCAAGUUACCCUGCCACGGCGCAGGUCGCGGCUCAGCAGGCAGUCUAUCUGGCCAAGCAGCUCAACAGGGGUGAGGGGGAAGCCUCGAAGCCGUUCAAGUUUAAGAACUGGGGUGUGAUGACGUAUUUGGGGAGCUGGCGAGCGAUUCACCAGAGCGAGGCUGAUAAUUUGAGGGGCUGGGCCGCCUGGGUUCUUUGGCGCACGGCGUACUUGACGAGGAGCAUGAGUGUGCGGAAUAAGAUUAUGAUUCCGGUGUACUGGGUGAUUACCUGGAUUUUUGGGAGGGACAUUUCGAGGUUCUGA